AUGAUUGAUUUUUGUUCUUCCUCUGACUUCCUGUUGCGUCUCUCGUCACACUGCAGUCGUACUGGUCGAGUGUCAUCGGUUGGUCGGUUUGUCAGAGUUGAGUGCCCAGCGGUCGGAAUCGAAGCGUGCCCAGCGGUCGCGGUCGGUCGGUCGGGUUGUCGUUGCAAGAGUCGAAUGGAGUUGCUGUGGCGCGGCUACCUUCAGUGGAUCGGUCGAUUAUCCUUGGUGAGGAGCGUGGUCGGUCGCGUAGUAUUGUCGGUUGCGUCCCAAGGAGUUCUCAUCAAGCAGUGGUCUGAACACAACAAGUUUCGUCGCGGUGUGAGCUGUGGGUGUUGUCAUUGCAACAAUCGAUCGGAACGUGGUUAG